UGGAAUUAUGCCUCAUUUCUAAGAUAACGUAAAAAUAUCUGCUAAAAGUCAACAAUCAAAUCAUGAGCCUCACAUUUUCAUUCACUCACUUUGAUCAACAAUGAAACAGCAUGAGACGAUACAGUUGAGUUUGUCAGUAGUCUUCUGAAAGUGAAAGGAGUUCUACAUCGUAGGAAUCAAGUCGUUUCAUGCAUUUGACAAAAUCAAUCGGCAAAUGCAUCAUCGCAUAUUUGUUAAGUAUUUCUGCAUGUGUGUUGUGUGACAUAACGAGGAACAAAUAUGCGAGUGGUUAAUAUUUAGUGCAGAAUCAUUUAGGUAAUUAAUUAAUUGGGUGGCUUAAUUAAAGUGAUUGAAGUUUGAAAAUCAUGGUCUCAAAAUUUGAUAAGUGAGUGGUGGUGAUAUUGAUAUGUGAUGUUUUGUGAUUUAAUAAAUAAUUCUAGUUCGAAAUUGAAGAUUUGUUUUACAUAUGUGAUCUGAAUUUUAUUAGUCUAAUACUUCCGGAUAAAUUGAAAGUUAAACAUGUAUAAUGAUUUUGCAUGCAUGAUUAAUAUUUCUUAUUAAGCAGUGAUUAAUAUAUUAAGAUGACAGUUUGGUUUCGCCAGUUCGUGACGUGAUAAUCGUCCGUGGUCUGGUCAGCUAAAUAUAUUUUGACGGGAACGUGAUUCUACAUGAAAGAGUCAAAAUGUGACUACUAAAAGUUUUUGUGUUACAUACGUGAUAAAAAAACAAUGAGAAAAUCUAAAUAUAAGAUUCGCCGACUUUUGUGUCGGUAUAUUUCCCGAUAAAUCAAUAAGAAGGAAAAAAAAGUUGCAUAACAUUAAAUUAUGGUGUUUCUUAUCAAGAAGGCAGCUAUUAUAGCUGUCCUUCUAACAAUUCUCGGAUUUUACUUUAUGGAUGAGAUGAAGGCGCGAAAACCCAUGUUUACAAAUCCUCGCACCCCUUCAUCCCAUUCCACGAUAACUUGUGACUGUCAACUUAUCACGAAUUGCAUAUCCUCCCUGAAACCGGGUGAAACUCCGAGAUUCUGCGGAUAUGAGGGAAUCCAAAGGAAAAUCUGUUGUGAUCAUGCUUCUGAAAGUGAUGGCGACAGUAGUUCCGGUGCAUCUGGAGGAGUCAAUUCGUUCCUGACGACGGCCCAGGAACAAGCUCAAGCUGCAAAAUUUUAUAGAAAUCAGUUCCUUUAUGACAAUGAGAGAAUUAGGAUGAAUGGUGCGAAUGGAAAUAAUGAGGGCAGGGUUUCGAGCACGACGACAACAACGACAAUUAGGCCUUCAACGAGGAGGCCCACUCCAAAGAUGACCACGCCCAGAUUAUCGGCGAAAACGACGACGACAACGACGACCUUAUCGACACCCACUUCAACCAUUCCCACCACCCCACCCACAACAACUACUAGUUCCGUCACUACAUCCGAUACGGAAAAACCUAAAGAAAGCCGCCUGCUUUCUCCAGAUCGGGAGGAAUCGCUCAAAAACCUUCAACAACAAGCAGGGUCCUUCUUGGCCGAGUACUUUCCAGAGUAUUACAACGACCUCGUCAAAAAUCUGACUCAAUUUGAUAACGUUACAUUCAUCGAGAAUAUUCCCGUUCCUAAUAAAGAAAAGACUUACAAUAGUUCCAGCAGUACGAAUAGUUUUAAUAUUAGCAAUUUUAGCGAAGAAAGAUUAAAUGAGACUGAAAACGCGUUAAAAAGACUUUUUGAUUUUGACGUGAAUCUUGAAGACCUAUUCACGACGACCCCAUCACCCGAUGUGGGAGGAGGAGGAGGUGGAGGAUACAACCCCGGUGAUGGCGAUGUAUUUGGGGAAAUUGACUUUGAUAAUGUUGAUUUAGACGAGCUUUUAAAAAUUACGGGUCUAACUACGUCAACGUCCGCGUCGAAUGUUAAUGACGAUAAUGUAGGUACGAGUGGAUAUGAACCUGAAAAUAUUAACAUUGGGAGUGAUGUCGUCCUGCCGGAAACGACGACAAAGUCGCAGAAUGGACCAGGUUAUACUUAUUCUGUGGUCAGCUCUAGUAGUAGUAGCAGUAGUAGUAGUAGUAAAAGUAGUGCUUUUAGUGGUGUAUUAAACAGUAUGGUGUCAAGUAGUAGUAGUUCUAGUUCAAUUAGUAGCAGUAGUUCCCGCAGUAGUAGUAGUUCUAGUUCUAGUAGCAGUAGUUCAUCCAGCAAAAAGAAAGUUGCAGCUAAAAUGAAACCGAACAAUUUUGUGUCUUCUUCUCCAGUGCCAUUGCCAAACGAAGCAGAUGGUAGUACGACUAGUGAGAACGUAUUCUUAACUAAUUCAUCAACAACAACGAUAGCAAGUGAUUCUGUCAGCAAUUUAGAGUCCACUACGAUAGCCGGUGAAAAUAUUAGUCAUGAUGCUGUCACAUCUACGAGCACAGCAACACCCAUUAGUACUACGACAUCAAAGAGUGGGGAUGACGGAAAAUCGUCCAUUUUUGACGAUACCCCUACCACCACCACGUCAAAAAUCAGUGAGGAACAAGAUCUUUCAUCAUUAAACCAAGGAGAAAUUGCACCUCUAACUUCUACUAUAUUUCCCAACAUUCAAAAAAAUAAUGAAAUGGCGUCAAGCACAAUCAGUUCCUCAACUAGUGACAUUUUGUCAGAAACAACUACACUUGGAGCACCGGAAAAUAUUAGUCUUAACAAUACUGAUUCCUUCAUCAAUUUUGGAAAUGUUUCCGAUGUACAAAAUUCUUUUGAAGAAAUCACGACUACUAACACUCCUCUCUCAAAUCAUUCCACCGAUUUAGACGAUUCUCAAAAGUUUACUCACCAAGAAACAAUUCCUGAGCUUGAAAGUACCACAAUUCCAGUGACAUCGUUGCUUUCAUCAAUUGAUAAUGUAACAUCAACCAAGGAACCAAUAGAAGAAUUUAGCGUAACUAGUACAGAAAAGUAUGUCGACUCUGAAAUAACAACUCGAAGAAACUUUGAUGAUGCGAGCUUAUUGGAAAAUCCUGUCACUACUACUUCCAUUUAUAUGAGUAGCAAUAUUGGGUCAAAGGAAAACCCAGUGACUACAGAAAUGAGUGCGUCACCAAAAGAUCUUGUCGAAGUGACCACAGUGCCUUCAACCAAAGCGAGUGAAAAUUUACCUUCAUUUGAGGAUGUGACAAAUCCAACUCAAGUCUCGUCCUCCGUUCCAACAGGACACUCAUUACUUCAUGAAGACAUACAAAACGAUGAUAUUCAUGAACUUGGAAAUGACCUUGGGGUGAAAGUUGGUAAUGAAGAUCACGAUACAAAACCCACAGAAAAAUCGUCCACCACAGAAUUUUCGACGACGAUACCAUCAACUACUUUUAAGAGCGCAAGUAAAACAACUGAGACAACGACCACGUCUGAGCAAAUUAUUUCGAAAACUGAGGCAAACUUAGACGAAACUAGCACAUCCAAAAUGAUAAUUAGCAACACUCCAUUCAAUGAUUACAACGAGUCUGACUUGUCUUUCAGCACAAUUCCAACCGUACUUAAGGAAACCCGUCCUACCCUCCUUAUCAGCAAGGAUGAUCUAAUGACGGAGCAAAAUCAGGCAACAACGACACCUGCACAAGGUCACGAUUCUGAGGAUAUGAUUUCAACAACACAACUUUCACCGCAAGUUGGCAAGACUGAGGAUCAGCUAAAAAAUGAGUAUGACUCCUCCCUAAAUGAAACUGAUGCUCUUAAUGACGAAGUUGUAAAGAAACUAGAAGAUGGAGAAAUCACUACUACCAUGGGACACGAAAGUAGUAGCUCUACUACUAUGCCGUCAAGUCAGGAGAAGACUACCACCGUGACACAUUCAAUACUUUCCACUAGUGCAAAUCCUGCUGAAGAAAUUACGACAGAAAUUCCUUCCACCAAAAUUAAUCCAACAAUGACCACUCCAAAGACACAAAUCGUAGAUAAAUCAGUGUCGCCAAUAAUGGAUUCCACCACCACACAAGCUUCCCAGUUUCCGUCAAGUGCCCCUGAACUUAUUCAAGAGUCUGGUGACCUUGAUCAGAUAAGCACCACGAUAAGGUCAUCCAACAACGAAGAGCUGACCACUACCACUCCGCCCACGGUAAUUACUGUGUCUCAACCAACUAGUGCCGCAACAACUAUGAAGUUGAACGAUAUACCACAGACGACAGUUCCAAGUUUUGAUGAUGCAGCUAUGACAGAUGAUAAUACAAGUCCCAGCCCUAUAAAUUUGUCCAGCUCGAUUAAUGAAAUUGGCUCAUCGACAUCAAGCCCUACCACUACAACGGAAAGGGAUGAAAUCCCAACUCGUAAAACUGAAAUGGAAACCACCACAGUUUCAGAAAACUAUUCACUAAACACAGUCCCUAGUUCUACAGGUUCUAGUAGCACAGAGGGUAAAAUCAUUGAUGGAAUUGAACCAAUCCAAGAUGAGGUGACCACAGAGGGUUUUGUAAAAUCUAAUACUACGACCAGUACAACAACACCUACCAGCACAUCAAUUACUAAUGAUAUUGAUGCAAUAGUUACAACUGAAAGCGGAGAAACGACCAUGAGAAGUUUAAAAUCUGAAACUAGUUGUCUUACAACAAGUUCGACACCUAAUCAAAUCCACGACACAAGCCAAACUACUACUAAAACCAGCGUUGAUUCUCAAUCUGAAAUAAAUGAGAUGAUACCUACAACAACCGGAAGUAGUGUGUCAGAGGAACCGAACAGCAGUGCUGGUAUCACUGAAGGUAAAAUCACGCUUCUUGAUGGAAUUGAACCAAUCCAAGAUGAGGUGACGACAGAAGCGUUUGUAAAAUCUGACACGACGACCAGUGGUAGCACACGUACUAGCACAUCAAUUUAUGAUGAGAUUGAUGCAGCCAUAAACGAAGCAACCACACAAAGUUUAAAACCUGAAAAUAAUAAUGGCGUCACCACUAGUUCGACACCUAUGCAAGUCCACGACAGAACACAAGCUACUACUGCAAAACCUCACGAUUCUGAAUUUGAUAAAGAUGAUGAUGAGAUGAAAUAUACAACAACCCGAAGUAGCGUUUCAGACGAAUCAAGCAGUAGUUCCACAGUUGCUGGUAUCACUGAGGGCAAAACCCCGCUUGUUGAUGGACCUGAACCAAUUCAAGAUGAGAUGACAACAGAGACGUCUGUAAAACCCGACACGACGACCAGUGGUAGAACAAUCAGUACCACACCCACCAGCACGUCAACCAGUGAUGAUAUCGAUGUAACUCCUCCUGACGACGUUAAGGAAACCACCGCUAGCAUGCCCCACGACAAGCCAUCGGAAGCCACAAGUACAACAACUCCUGUAACAAUCCAAGAUGAGAUAACGACAGAGACAUUAGUAAAAUCUGACACAAUCAGUUCAACAACCACACCCACUAGCACAUCGAUUCGUGGCAUUGACUCAACGUUUUCUGACGAAGCGAAUGAAGCAACCACUUUCGGGAGCAUGUCCCACCACAGACCAUCGGAAGCCAAUCCUACCACAAUUUCCACAAUAUCUGAUACCGCGACGCAAGGAGUUAGUCAAAAUGAUCAUGCUGACCUUGAACCUGUUGUUGGAACCUCGCCACAAUCUAUAAAUUUACCCAGCAGCACUGCAAACUCGUUGGAUUUUGAAAAUCCAGAAUUAACAACUACAAUGCGUAUCUUGAUGAAGGAAAGUGCCGAUGAUUCCAGUCCUCAAAUUAAUGACGAUGAAAGCACGACGAAAAAACCUCAUCUCGUUGUCACCACACAAUUUACUCCAUCUGAAAUUAACGAUGAGAUAAGUAGCACCACAACAAUGAAAAAUUAUUCAGGAAAAAGUACACCUAUUAAAGAUGAAAGUGGUGAAAUUAAAGACUUGAUGACGACAACUUUCAAGCCGUCAAUUUCUACAUCUGAGCUUUCUCCAACUUCCGAAACUAAUGAUUUUACAACCACUCAAAAAUCCAAACAUAUAAAUAUUGACGAUCUUUUGGGAGAAAGUUUGGAGAAAGCUAAUGAAAUUUGGGAUAAUGAUGAUGAUACUAAAUUAAAGUCGGAGCAAGUUGGAGACGAUGAUAAUAAUUCCAGCUCUGUGAAACCCGAUACAAGCAAGAUAUCUGGUGACACUGAAUUAACCAAACUGGAUGACAAAAACGAUGUGGAAAAUGUCACUACUGAAAUGGAACAGGCCACAACAGAGUCAAGUUCUCAACACGAUGUCACAGAACAUGUCACCACGACAAAAAAUAUCACAUCUUCCAAUCAAGUCACGAAAGCUCCUGAAUCAAUUUUAAGUGAUAAUGUUGAAAGCACUACACCGGAGAAAGUCGCGGAAAACGAAGAACAAUUCUCAAAAGAAAAUGACACCGUUACAACUCCAAGAUUACCUGGAUUGUCUUCCGAUGGAGAUGAAACGACCACAAUACACAGUGAUAGCAGAGAUAUGAAAUCAGAUCUUGGUAUUUCUACCACUAUCGCUUUCACUAAAGAAGCUGAUAAUAUGAAGGAUCAGGCAAUUCUGUCCACUGAAUCUUCUGAUGGAGAUGACUUUACUACAAGUAACAGUGCCAUUAAAUCGGAUGCUGACAUUUCCACCACCACUGCUUUCACUAUGCUCAAAAUUCCUCUAGAAAUUAUUACGACUACUAAUCCAACUGUUUUACAGGAUGAUGCUGCAUUACCCACCACCACCGCCAGUCAAACAUUGUCCGAUAAAAAUAUUGACUUCUUAUCAACAACGCCUAAAAUGCAUCAAGUCUUGCGUAAUGAUAAUGUUGAAGCCACGACUGAGGCUAGUACACUAACUAAAGAAGCUGAUAAUAUGAAGGAUCAGUCUAUUUUGCCUACUGAAUCUUCAGAUGGAGAUGACGUAACCACAAUUAACAGUGCAAUUAAAUCGGAUCCUGACAUUUCCACCGACACCCCAGCUGCUACCACAUCAAAAAGACCUAAAGCAACGACCAUAAGUCCAGAAGAAAUCAAUCAAACUGAUUUUGAACCAACUACAAUGAGCCAGAUCUCACCUGAUAAAAGUACAGAUUUCUCAACAACAAUUUCACCAAUUUCUCAAGACAUGCACGAUGAUAAUGGAGAAGUUAGUACUGAAAAUGGCACGAAAGACGUUCCCACAAUGGUGCCCAGCACAGAAUCUUCUGUAAUAAAUGACGCAACAACAAUUGGUAGUGCCAGAGAAAUGAAAUCAGAUUCUGUAAUUUCUACUACACCCACCACUUUCACCACGUCUAAGAAACCUUCUGCAGAGAUGACUACAACAAACAGUCCGCACGAAGGGGAAGAUCACGUUGAUUUCACAACUAUAACCCCCAGCGAAAAACAGAUCACCCCGGAGAAUUUACAGGAUUCUGUACAAUUAUCUACCACCAUUGCAAGUGUACCGUCCAGUGAAAGUUCAGAUUUCUCCACAAGUUCUAAAAUAGCUCAAAUUUCACAGGAUGAUGAAGUCACGACUGAAAAUGGUCUACUUACACAACAACCAAUCAAGUUCAUCACUAUAACUACUGAACUUCCUGAUGAAAAUGGUGACACAACCACAAUGGUAAAUGUGAAGAAAGAAUCGUCCUCCACUACAGCCACCAAUUUUGUACAGCCAUCUCUGGAAGUUGAUGAAAUUAUGACCACCACUGAAUCGUCAUCCGGUAAGAAAUUUUCAAACGAAUCAAGUAUCGCCUCUUCAACUGAAACACCAGAAACAACGACAAAAGACGAGAUGGAACAUACAACUGCGUUGAAUCCUAAACUGCAAAGCCAUUCUGAACAAAUUGAAACAGUUCCAACUGAAAGCGGAGAAACGACCAUGAGAAGUUUAACAUCUGAAAAUAGUGGUGUUGCGACACCUAGUCAAAUUCACGACACAAGCCAAACCACUGUUAAAUCCAGCGUUGAUUCUCAAUCUGAAAAAGAUGACGAUAUGAUGACCACAACAACCGGAAGUAGUGUGUCAGAGGAACCAAGCAGUACAAGUGCUGGUGUCACUGAGGGUAAAAUAAUGCUUGCUGAUGGAAUUGAACCAAUUCAAGAUGAGAUGACAACAGAGACGUUUGUAAAACCCGACACAAUGAUAAGUGGUACCACACCCACCGGCACGUCAACUAGUGAGGGAAUUGAUACAACUCCUGCUGAUGACGCUAAGGAGACCACCUCAAUCAGUAGCGGGCCCCACGACAAGCUAUUGGAAGCGACACCCACCACAAGUACAAAAUUUCCUGCGACAAUCCAAGAUGAGAUGACAACAGAGACAUUUAUAAAAUCUGACACAAUCAGUUCAACAACCACACCCACCAGCACAUCACUUCGUGGUAUUGACUCAAUGUUUUCUGACGACGCGAAUGAAGCAACCACUUUCACUAUCAUGUCCCAUUACAAGCCAUCGGAAGCCACACCCACCACAAGAACAACUCCUGCGACAAUCCUUUCUGAUGAAAUAGAAAUUACGACAGAAAAUAAGGCUCUUCUACCGGAAACGAUUCAGAGAGAAAACGAGACAAUGACGACAGAAACAACAAUAAUUUCUACCUCCAGGAAUGAGCCCACUACGAUAAUUAGUCACCAUUCUACCACAAAUUAUUCCAAUACUUCAACAAUGACACAUACAAAUGGUUCUGACACAGAAAUAAAUAGAGACGAGAACUUUGAUUUCACCACAACGGAAUCUCAAUCGAAUGGUCAAAAUGUGCCCAUUCAAUCCUCUUUUGCGGGCAAGGAUGAAGAGUCUACCACAUUAGAAAUACCAGCAGAAAGAGAAAACAGCAAAACAGUGAAAGUAGAAGGAGAAAACCAAACCGCUACUUCUGAGAAAAAUGAUUUACUAACCACAACAACUUCGGGAUCUGCUGAAAUUUAUAUUAAUACAAAUCCCGCAGAAAAUGAUUUUGGACCACAAACUACUACAAUAAAAUCAGAUUCUGACUCAAAUGGACAGGAAAUUGAUUCCACAACUACCAAAUCACAGUUGAAUCAAAAUAUAAACAUUUCAGAUGCUACAAGUCAAUCCUCUAUCGAAAUCAAGAGUGACAAUAGUUCGACAUCUCAGCCCGAAGAAUCAUCUACGGGCGAAAGCUUGAAAAGCCAGAUGGAUAUCUCCACAGAGAAAAUUACAACCACAAAAAAAUCUAUUGAAGGUGAAAGUACUACAGAAUUUGAUCUGGGUUCGGAAACUACAAGGUCUACCCCUACAAAAGUACCGAAAUUAAACACAAAUGAAAUUGAACUCACAACUAUGGAACCAAGUCAAAACGUAAACUUGACAGAGUUUACAACAAUUAAUCCACCCAUAAAUGAAGGGCUUGAUGAAGUUGAUGUAAAUAGUAAAUUUGGCCAUCCUUCAGAUCAAAGUAUUACAACAACCCUCGUUCCCCUGUACCCACCCGAAAUAAUUUCCACCUCUUCAGAGAGACAUGUAACCGAUGAAUCAUUCAUGACUACAGAACAUCCUUCUGUCACUUCUACGGCGCCACAGUAUUCCAGCACUCCGGAUUAUAAAUCUGAUACUAUUAGUAAUGCGACAACCACCGAAGGAUCAAUUCAUGACGAAAGUACAACCGUCGAGGAAGAUGACCUCACAUUUACGGAGAAAAGCACAGUUAGCAAAACGGAUAGGAUUUCAAUCUCUCAAAUUCGUCCGUCCCAGCAAAACAAGACUGCGUCGACUAAUGAUGAUCAGAUGAGACAUGAAACCGAUGAAUCAUUCAUGACGACAGAACAUCCUUCUGUCACUUCUACUAUGUCACAGGAUUCCAGCAGUCCAGAUUAUAAAUCCGAUGGUAGUAUUACCAACAUGACAACCACAGAAGGAUCAGUUCAUGGGGAAAGUACAACCACAACUGUUGGGGAAGAUGACCUCACAUUUACGGAGAAAAGCACAGUUAGCAAAACGGGUAGGAUUUCAAUCUCGCAAAUUCGUCCCUCCCAGGAAAACAAUACUAAUGAUGAUCAGAUUAAUAAGAAACUGAGUGAUGAAAUUAUGGAUAAACUUGACCAUAUUGAUGUAGGAUUGAACAUGAGUACAACCACGGAGUCGAGUUAUACGGACAAAUACUUGGAUAACCCAACGUCAACUACUUCGUCCUCUAUUUUAGAAAGUACUACAGGCAUCCUUGCUAAUGUAGAGCCUGAUAAAUCAACUUUUACGACUUAUCCAUACGAUAAAAUGACCACAGAACAGACUGAUAAUAUGGAAAUGAGCACUGCUACUUCCACCAUGUCCAAUAUAUCUAACGAGAUGAUGGAGAAUAUCACUAACCAGCCAAGUGUAAAACCAACACUGCCCCCACCUUUCAAUUUUAUACUUAAUAUUACUGAAAUAUUGCCAGAACCGGGACCAGUUUCAGAACCGACAUCUUCUGUUAACACGAGUGAAAUAUCCACAUCGACGAUAUCGUCAAUUUCUUUGAUUGGUCCUUCCACGGAGAGAAUUGACGAUUUAACGAGUACGGUAUCAUCACUGAUUACGAUGGACGAUUCUGACCUACGAGCUGAUAAAAUGUCUGAAUAUUCCGAAAAUAAAACAGACACUGAAUCCCCACCUACCACAAUUCUGCCCGGAUUGAACGACCUGGAAUUUGUUCCUGAUUACCCAGAACAAUUUGUAGAACAUGAUUGGGACCCUGAAGCUGAGAAUUUGACUGAUCAAGUCACCACGGCAAGACCAUUUGUAAACACGACGGAUAAAAGCAAGUCGAAUGUAACUGAAAAGGCAAGGAAAUUAGCUGUGGAUGCAAUUAUCAUGGAUAGUACUCCAGCAGGAACGGGUCAAGAUUCUGGAGAAAGUGCUGUUACACAACAUUCAAAGGUGUCGUCAACUGAAAGUUCACACUCAACUACGACAGAAAUUUCACAAACGACACCUCAAACUGAAAUUUAUCAAUCGACCCCACCAGAAAGUCCACAAACAACACUGGCUGAAAUUUCAACACCAACAGAAAGUAUGACGACGACGAAUUCACCGACCACAACCAAUCCUGCAUUCGUCGCAAACUCAACCGAUGAUCCCCAGACAAUAGUUUCUUUCAUAAUUUCUGUCAGUGCAAGUCGAACAAAAUCUUCUAAGUCAAGCUCAUUUAGAGAAACGACCACUCAAAAUAUUACUUAUGCACUUUCUCUCAAUCAUACCGAGCAUGAACCUAUUUCCAUCCACUCGUCAUCGUCCCUCAACAGUACAACCACCACAUCCAAAACACUGGAUACCUCCACUGAUAAUAAUUAUGAAGUAAUUUUCGAUGAAAAUACCUCAACUAGCAAUCCUCCAAUGCUUCUUGAAGUUACGACAACGGUGGACAAGGAACCCGCCAUGACAGAAACAACUAUGCCAGAAAUUAACUUGCAAACAACAAAUGCACCGACUCCUUCAACAACAACAGAGCACAUAGAAACUACGUUAUCUCCGUUGCAAGAUUAUACGGACGCAAGCACAACUAAUAAAACAGAAGAGAAAGCAGAUGAACCGGAAGAAUUGAAAUUUGAUGACAAAAUCGCGCCCAUCACAGAACCAACGCUAGAUUUUGACAAAAAUUACACCGAAAAUGCCACCACACAUAAAUUAGAAACUUCAACAAUAACGACAACGGAUGAGCCCUUAUCAACUAUUUCUUCCACGAAGACGGAGAAAGUCCUGCCCAGCACAGAACCAACGCUAGAGGUUAACCUAGAUAAUACUGAAAAUACAACUGACAUCGAUCACACCACAUACAAAUCAGAAACUUUAAUAACAAGAGUAACCGAUGAGCCCUCAUCAACUAUUUCUUCCUCGACGACAGCUAAUGAGCCUUCAACAACGACGGAGAAAAUCGCCUCGAAAAACUUGACAACUUCAGACGACGCGACCGAUUUUGCCGAUUUGUUCACCUCUCAUUCAAAAUCGAACCCCAAUUCUAGUCUAAUUCUGGACAUUAUUAUGCAACCCUCAUUACCAACUAUCCUUAUAAACUCCACUACUUCCGGUUCAACCAGUACUCCACAAAAUAAUAAAACUGAGGAAGAAAUUUCUCUUCUCAUCUCAACCGGUCGAGGAAACAGGUCCUUGACAAAUUCAGAAGCGAUCGACUUGGCAAAAGAAUUGGGAUCACAAAUUUCCAACGUUGUGGACCAAUUAUUGCUCACAACACAUAAAAACUUUCAUCUCCUCCCACUCUUUACCGAGUGUGCGAAUGCGAAGAGGCCCAGGAAAAAGUCUCGCGUCCUUAAUUUGGAAUACGAACAUUUGUCUCACGUAGUCCGACUGGGGGCGAUGGAACCCGGUGGGCUAGUAUAUUCUUGUGCUGGGACACUAAUUUCGAAGCGAUACGUUCUCACCUCGGCGCAAUGUUUGCAGAACAAAUUCCCAAUCACCACAACCCUCAUUGAAGACGAACUAAACAAUAAACACUACGUUGAUGUCGAGUCCAUCAUUUUACAUCCUAAAUUCUCUAAUCAAACAAACCAUAAUGACAUCGCCUUGGUCCGCUUAAAGGAGGAGCAGGUCGAAAUAAAGCCAAUUUGCUUACCCUUCGAAGACGCUUACGGAAUAUGGGAGUCCAUCCAUCAAACUCCUGGUGAUACUGCGACGCUCUCAGGCUGGACCAAGAAGCACAAUAAGAAGGUCGACAUGGACGAAACCACUGUCGACAUUAUCCCAGAGAAAAAUUGUACAGCUUUGCUACACAGAAUCUCCAAAAGUUCUUCCAAUAGUCAGAUCUGUACUUCAUCCCCCAUCUCCUUCCCCAACUACUUUACUCGAGGCUCCCCCCUCACCACGGUCAUGACUCGGCACAAGCUCUACUUCCAAAUCGGAGUUUUGUCCAAUUAUAAUGACCACGUGCAAGUCCACGAACGUACAUCGACCCAUCUCCCGUGGAUCUUGGACAGUAUAGAAGAAUAAUAAAUAGCGGAAUUUUUGUAGUCUCCAUUUUCUAGUUAUUCAUCGUUCAUCAGAUGUAUAUGAAAUAUUGUUGUUAGUGUAUACGAGCUUAAUUAUUUAAAAUAUAUUGACAGUUGUAUAUGUCCUUUUAUUACGAUACUUGUACUUUUUAAAAACGUGUAUAAAAAUGAGUUUAAAACUGAUUGUA